AUGGCGGGGCGAAACCUUGGACGCACGAGACGCAGCGUUCCCGGGACUCCGCUCCCGCCACGCGCGCCGCUACCGGGUACGCCUCGGCCGGACCUCCUCGCCAAGGAGGAAGAAUAUAGGCGUUUGAAUGCAGAAUUGGAGGCCAAAACUGCUGACCUGGUUCGACAAGCUGAGGAAGUAAUAAGAGAUCAGCAAGAGCUGCGAUCUAGGCCUAUUUCAACACAAAUUAAAUCAUAUGAAGAGAAAGAUGAUUACAAUUUAAGAGGUCUAUUAUCAUCUGAAGGAAUAGUUCAUCUUCAUUCAGAAACUAAGCCAAAGAUAAAAAACAUUGGUCCUGCAGACAAGGUUCAAAAUAAACUACAUUCUGCAAAUAAAGGGAGGAAAACAGAUUCAAGUGUUAAAUUGAAAUACUCUCAUGUACAAACUGCCGAUGAUGUUGCCAUUCCAGAGGAUUUCUCAGACUUUUCUCUUGCAAAAACAAUUAGCAAAAUUGAAGGGCAACUGGAGGAAAAAGGCUUACAUGAAUACAGAGAUGAUGAUCUUUUCUCUGGUGUUAGUAAUGACAUUGGAGCAGAAGCACAGAUCAGAUUUCUAAAGGCCAAACUCCAUGUUAUGCAGGAAGAAUUGGAUAAUGUUGUAUGUGAAUGCAAUAAGAAGGAAGAUGAGAUUCAGGAUUUAAAGUCUCAAGUAAAAAAUUUUGAAGAAGAUUGUAUGAGACAACAGCGAACAAUUAAUAUGCAACAGUCUCAAAUAGAAAAAUAUAAAACUCUUUUUGAAGAAGCAAACAAAAAAUGUGAUGGAUUACAGCAACAAUUGUCUUCAGUAGAAAGGGAAUUAGAAAACAAAAGAAGACUGCAAAAACAGGCUGCAACUAGUCAGAGUGCCACAGAGGUUCGCUUGAAUAGAGCUCUAGAAGAAGCAGAAAAGUAUAAAUUGGAGUUAAGUAAAUUAAGGCAAAAUAACAAGGAUAUAGCAAGUGAAGAACAAAAAAAAAUUGAAGUGUUAAAAUCAGAAAACAAGAAACUAGAAAAACAAAAAGGAGAAUUAAUGAUAGGGUUCAAGAAACAAUUAAAAUUAAUCGAUGUUUUAAAAAGGCAGAAGAUGCAUAUUGAAGCUUCCAAGAUGCUGUGUUUCACUGAGGAGGAAUUUAUGAAGGCACUUGAAUGGGGAAAUUCAUAAGUGAUCUACUUCAGUUAGUCUCUAUGAAAGUAUGUGAUGGACAUCCAUUUUAUUUAACUUGUAAUGGUUUGAAUUAUUUUUACUCUUCAUAAGUAAUUAAGAUAUUUGAUUAUGAAAUUUAUAUAAUUUCAGAUAAUUUCCUGUUUAGAUUUGGAGGAAACAAAACUAAUGUAUUAUUCCAAUAAUGUAAUUAUUAAAAAAAGGAAAAACUUUGUAAAAUAAAGCAACAAAAAUUUAAGUUUUGAUUCUGCUAUCUUUCUCAUGACCCACUAGCUCUUUUGAGUUUUUACAACUACACUUGAAAAUAUUUUAUAUUCUAGAGAGUCAACUCUAGUUCAUAAAUGAUAGUUUACCUUUGAGAAAUGAUUUUUUUUUUAAUUGAGGACUGGAGGACUCUGUCUUCCAGGCUUAGAGUGCAGUGGCAUGACCACAGCUCAUAAUAGCCUUGACUUCCUGGGCUAAGGUGACCUGCAUCAGUUUCCCGAGUAACCAGGACUACAGGCGUAUGCUACCAUGCCAGGCUAUUUUAGA